AUGUUGAGCUUCUUCGGAGUGCCCCAUUUCAUUUCGCAACUUACUAACAUCCAACAGGAAUGGGACUUGAACACCCUCUCCGUGAACGCCGACUACGUUGGACACAACGGUUACGUCUCCGCCGUCACCAUUGCCCCAGAUGCCACUUUGUGUGCCUCUGGUGGAAAGGACGGAAUCAUUGUCUGGGACUUGUCCGGAAAGAAGGUUCUUUUCACCUUGCCAUCCGGUGACGUUGUCCACGACUUGGCCUUCUCUCCAAACAGAUACUGGUUGUGUGCUGCCACCUCUGCCUCGAUCAAGAUCUACAACUUGCAAUCACAAUCUUUGAUGGACGAGUUGAAACCAGAGGUUUCCUCCGCUGCCGGUGGAAAGGAGCCUGAGUGUAUCUCCGUCGCCUGGUCCGCCGACGGUCAAAGCCUGUUCUCCGGUUACACCGACAACCUCAUCCGUGUCUGGCAGGUUAUGACCUCGAGCUAA